GUCAGCUUUCAUGUGACACCGCAUGGCUAUUACCGGUUGCAGCAUUUCCCCGAUUGUCUGGAGGUCUUAAUUAUGCAGUUUUAGCGAAACAAAACGUCGAGAGAUGGCAGAAGUUGUACAGGAGAAAAGUCGUGGCUUGAAGUUUGCAGAGCAGCAACUCCUGCGUCACGGCUGGGAACGCGGUAAAGGUCUGGGGCGAGCUGAGAAUGGCAUAUCAGAAGCUAUCAAGGUCAAAGUGAAAUGCGACAAAGGAGGGGUUGGCCAUAAGGAAGGCGAGCAGUUCACCUUCCACUGGUGGGAUCAUGUUUUCAAUAAGGCCUCUUCCAGCCUGCAGGUAGAAUCUGAUCAGAACGGAAUUCAUUUGAAGAAGACGGCGGGGGAGGAUGAAGAGGAUGGGAUGAUUUCCAAUAAAAAGCCACGGAAAGCCACGCUGGCCAAAGCCAAACUGUAUGGAUGCUUUGUCAAGUCAGCCACACUGCUGUCAGGUCAGGAGCAACCAGAGCCAAAGUCUGCCAACUCAGACGACAGCAGUAGCUCAGAGGAGGAGGAGGAGGAGGAGGAGGAGGACCAGAAAUUGGAUCUGUCCAGCACCAUCAAGCUUUCUGAUGCUGAUCUCAUGAAGGCUUGUGGAGGACGCACAGCUCACAAAGGAGCCCGGCACGGCUUGACCAUGAGCGCCAAGCUAGCCAGGCUGGAGCAGCAGGAGGCUGAGUUUAUGGCUAAGUAUGGCAAGAAGAGCCAACCAGCAAAGGUUUCUGCAGUCUGUGUUACCCCGACUCCACCAACCUCCCAGUCAGCUGACCAGAGAGCUGAGAGGCAGGAGGAGGCUUCUCAGAGAAAAAAGAUGAAAAAGAAGAGAUCCACUGGGAGCAUUACUGCGCUUAAUGGUGAUGAAGUGUCUGAAAGACCUGAAACAGAUGUUAUACCUAAAAAGAAGAAAAAGAAAGCCAGAGAGGACACUGAGGAAACAAAUGAUGCAGUUUCCACUGAGAGUGAUUUGAUCUGUGUAGAAAACGGCGAAGCAGACCAUUCUGACAAAACAAAGAGGAAACGUAAAAGGAAGAAAAACGACGCAGAGCAGGAUGAAGAGGGAGCGCCCUCACCUGCUGCAGAGCUGCAUGCUGUCACAAAAGUGAGGAAGAAGAAGAAGAAAUCCUCCAGACACCACAGCGAUUCCGCUGAGGAACGGAAGAGUGACAUUACAGAAUCCAGCCAAUCAGAGCUGGUCCAGGACUGUGCUACAAAAACCAAGAAGAAAAAAUCUGCGGCUCUGUUGGACGAAGCAGAAGUUGCAGAGGAAGAAACGGCCAUAAAGCAGAAAAAGAAAAAGAUUAAAAAGGACAAACCUACGAUAGAGGACAAUACAAAGGAGAAGACACUUCCUCCAAAGAAGAAGAAAAAGAAGAAGUCCAAAGAAUAGUAUUUGAUAAAACGUGCUUGGAACACGUGAUGGCAUGCUGAUAACAUGUUUAUCUUGGCUGACAGGGGAAGUUAGAUAUCCCUUGAAUCAGCUCUGGUGAGUUACAGUGGCAUGCAAAAGUUUGGUCAAGGUUUCUGUGACUGUGAAUUGUUAAGUGAGUAGAAGAGAGUUAAAGAUGACACAUUUAUUCAAUAAGCAAGAUUUGCAUCUGUUACAGUUUCAGAGUAACAAAAAAGGAAAAAGGGCGUGUGGUAAACGGCACCCUGCAUGGUCAGUGCUUAGUUACUCCCCCUUUGGCAAAUAUUACAACUUGUACACACUUUUUGUUGCCUUUCAGUUGUUAUUUGGGGGAUUUUCACCCGUUCUUCCUGCAAAAGGCUUCUAGUUUUGUGAGAAUCUUGGGCAUUCCUGCCUGCACUGCUCUUUUUAAGUCUAUUACAGAUGUUCGUCUAUGUAUAGGUAAGGGGACGGUGAGGGCCAUGGCAAAACCUUCUGCACUGGCCUUGUGGAUUUUGAGGUGUUUUUUUUUACUCUAAAACAAAAGCAAUGCAAUAAUCUUGCUUAAAAUGUUGAAAACAAUGUUUCAUCUUUAACUUCAUCCCGUUCAGAAAUCCUGACUGAACUAUUCACAUUAUUCUGGACGUCUGCAUACCGCUGUAUGUGCCGGACAUGGACUUUAUGGAGGCUGUGCUCUCUGAUUUAACAGGUUUUCCACUGAUUGGAGAAUAUCUUUAAUGAGUAAUUCAGACCAGUAAGAAGAUGAGACCUGUCUGUUGAACAACCUCACUCGUGUGCUAUCAAACAGGUUUUUCAGUCAAUAUUUUCUGAGCUGCUGAAAUUUUGAUAACCGGCUGCAGAUUCUGAGGGAACCAAGUCAGGUUGGUCAUUUGCCCGUGAUGCAGACUUUUUAACAUCGUUGAUCAUAUACAACAUGAAGUGUGUUCAGCUGAAUCAGUCAGUGGAUCCUUCAGUUUUAAUGCCAUAAAUAUUGAUAUGAGCUGACACUGCUACUCAACAUGACGCGGCCCAAACCCAGCCUUUCUAAACUGAGACUAAAAAUCAGUCAGGGUUGAUGUUUGAAUUAAAGUUGCCUGUGUUGACCAUUUAAUGUGCAUUAUGUGUUGCAUUUUAGUGGAAAAUUAAAAUAAAAUGUUAAGAGUUCAGUGUAGUUUCUGUAUUAUGAAUAACUUUCUUUUUGAAGGUGUUCUGAUUGACUUGAUUGACAUGGAGGAACUCAUUAGAAGAAGGAAACUACUGGUAUCACCUGAAAUUCUGAACAUUGUAUGCAAAUUAAAUGAUCUGAUACAUGA